GCAUCGCUCGACCUUUGAAUGAAACUAGUGCUCACGGAUAUAGCAUAUGUUCACAGCAGACCAUAAACAAACAUGGCAUGGCAAGGGGUUCUGAGGGCUUGCCUGACCAAGAAGGCAUGCAUCAGACAUGUGUCGUCAGAUUCGAUACGAAAUGGAUUGGCAGGCAUGAUGGGACGAACGCCGUUAAUCCGUCUGAAUAAACUAAGCGACGAGACAGGAUGCGAGAUUCUUGCCAAGGCUGAAUUUUGUAACGGAGGUGGUUCGGUGAAAGACCGGGCUGCCUUCUUCCUGAUUAAGGAUGCCGAGGAAAGAGGAUUAUUGCGGCCAGGGGGCACAGUGGUUGAAGGAACGGCUGGAAAUACUGGGAUCGGUCUUGCCCACAUGUGUCUGGCCCUUGGAUAUAAGUGUGUCAUCUACAUGCCAAAUAACCAGUCGCAAGAGAAAAUAGAAAUACUGAAAACUUUAGGUGCCGAAGUCCGCGCCGUCCCCGUCGUAGCCUGGACCGAACCGGACAACUAUAACCACCAAGCAAGGAGGUUUGCAGAGAGUAUAGAAAACGCUGUCUGGACGAAUCAGUUUGACAACACAGCCAACAAAAGGGCCCACAUGGAAACAACAGGCCCUGAGAUCUGGCAAGAGACGAAAGGUCGGGUCGACGCAGUUGUUUUCGGAACGGGAACAGGAGGAACAUUGGCAGGGGUGUCGACCUUCCUGAAAGAUAAGAAUCACAAGAUACAGUCCUAUCUUGCAGAUCCCCAAGGCAGCGUCCUUUACAACUGGAUCAAGCAUGGCAAGCUGGAGAGGACUGAAGGAAGUUCAAUUACAGAAGGCAUAGGUCAAGGUCGUGUAACGAAGAAUCUCGAGGGUGCCCCGAUUGAUGAUGCCUUCGCAAUACUGGACACUGAUGCUGUUGCUAUGACAUUCAGGUUACUGCAUGAAGAAGGGUUCUUUGUUGGGGCCUCCACAGGGCUGAAUGUUGUAGGGGCUGUCAAAGCAGCUGAACUCAUGGGCCCAGGGCAUACCAUUGUGACCUGCCUGUGUGAUACUGGACAUAAAUACUACAACAAACUUUUUAGCCGGAAGGUUUUGGAAGAAAAGGGUCUGUUGGAUUGCAUCCCAGAACAGUACAGGACCUCUUUGCAUUAAACAUUUUUGUUAAAUAGAAUAAUAACUAUUUUUAACAUGAUUAAAAUUAUGAAAGAACAGAGUAACUGAUUCUUUGAUAACAUCAGUAUUCUAACAGGAUGGCCAGUUACCCCAUGUUGAUACAUGCAUAUCAAAUUCACCAAAUAGUAGAACCUCAUAAAAUAAUUUGCAAGGUUCUUUCAGAUGUAUGCCAAUUGUUACAAUAUACAAUUUGUCUUUUUAUUAUGUUGAAAUAUGCUUCAGUAUAUUCAAGCAGUCAUAUUCUUAUUGUUAUUAUACAGAUUCAUAUUUUACAGUAUAAUAAAAAAAAAGUUUUUCAGCAA